AUGUUGCACAACUACUACGUAGUGCUGAUGACAACCCCCUCUCUCGGCCACAUAGGCGUAAAGAAUGCUCAAAGCAGUCAUGCUUUGCAAUUUGCUAUUGCCAUUGGUGCCACUGCUCCUGUCUGGAGGCGAGUGUGCGUCUUUUGGCAAAGUGAACGAGAUCACACCUCCUCCUCCUCCUCCUCCUCCUCCUCCUUCAGCCUCGCUUCCCUCCAAGUCCACUACACUCCCACGUUGACUUCACGUGAACAAGAAUGUGGUCGCGGCACGGUAAGGCGUGUGCCACCACCGCCUUUAGCAAUUCUUUGCAGCGUUGACGAUUUCGCAGCCAGUAGUAAUUGGCUUGGCAUCGCAUGCAUUCACGCGCAUCACUACUGUCAUUUGGCAUGUUGA